AUGUCGGAUAAAGAGUCACCGAUUCGUAAAAGAUCACGCUCUGGUAGUGAAAGGCCAAGUUAUGCUAUCGAUGAUGAAGAUUUGGAUAUAAAAGAAGAUACAAAUGAUGAAGAGUACAGAGAUGAACUAGCAGAUGAAGACGAGGAAGAUGGCAAGGAAGAAAAAACUCCAGAGAGGCAAGCAAGUACACCCAAGCCAGCAGUGCACGCUGGGCAUAUUCCUGCUCCUCCACGGCGGGGGAGACCACCCAAACGGAAGAAUUAUGUGGACAGCUAUGGACUGGCGGACGAUACGCGUGCAAACUCCAAUUCCAGUAUCCCUGCAAACACCAAAAGGCCCCGACUAUCAUAUCCAGUUGAUGAGGAUGGUAAUCCGCUACCAGUUAUUGACGAUGAGUACGACCUUCCUGACGACACAGAAGGAGAAACGAAAAUCACGAAGGAUGGCGAUCUUCUCGGUGGAAGACAGUUUUUGGUGAGGACAUUUACACUAUCGAACAAGGGGCAUAGAAAAUACAUGCUUUCAACAGAGCCAGCGAGAGCAGUAGGGUUCCGUGAUUCCUACCUAUUUUUCCAGUAUCACCCAAACCUAUACAAAUACGUCAUUUCGCAGAACGAGAGAAAUGAUCUUAUCGAUCGUGGCGUUAUACCUUACUCAUACAGAAGUAGAACAAUUGCUUUGGUUACAGCUAGAAGCGUUUUCAAGGAAUUUGGAGCCAAAAUUAUCGUGGACGGCAAAAAUAUCACUGAUGACUAUUAUGCAACGAAGUUACGUGAAGAAGGCAGAGUUGUUGAGGGCACAUACGCCAGAGAGCCAAUGGCAAGAACAUUUGGCAAGGGAGCUGAUGGGUCUGGUGCGCCAAUGAGUAAUGUCAAUCCUGCGAAAAACGCAGUUGAGUUUUUCGAUAAAAAAAACCACAAUAUUGCUCCUGGUAGUAACAUUAGUUCAACUAAUUGGCUCUAUCAGCACGCGGCCGCUUGCAGCAGGUUCAACAGCGACAUUUUCUACGAUAGGGAGCGUGCUUUACUGAUCGAGCAUCAGGGUAUAAGAGACCCAUACACGAAUACACUUCAUAUCCCUCAAUCGACGCAGCCCACUAAAGUAUUACGCUAUGUCAAUAUUGACAAAGGUUUGGUAGACGGUGGUAUAAUAUACGAGACUGUUAUCGAGGAUUCUGAUUUAACUAGAAGAAAGACCGGAUUAGCCGAGGUUCCUCAAGAAAUAUUCGAUGAAUUAGUUGAUGAAGAGACCAAAGCAGCAAUUUUGGAACAGCAGAAAUUUGAAAUGAAUUCUUGA